GCUUCGUGCUACGUGGAGCGGAAGUGCCAGUGUCGCCAAACUCCAAAACAACGCCGAGAAACCAACAGUUCAAAGACGAGCAAGAUGUCGCAUAUAACGCCUGCGGGAAUGAUAUUGAGUCCCUUUACGCUUUUUUAGACGACCAAGGCCUUUUAACAGCCAUGGGAUCGACUGGCAUUGCGUGGACUGAUUGCUAAUAGUCAAGCGGCCUGUGAACCUGGCGCUAGCUGGUUAAGUAGCGUUAACUAGCUAAGCUAAGUUAGCUAAGAUAACUAAUUACGCAUUCAUUGGCAGUAAACCCAGCUUUUCACUAGCUAGGUGGAACUGUAAGACUGUCCAAACUAUGAUUUGAAAUGCAGUUGUUAUAAACAGCCCUCCUUUGAUUAGACAGCUGGUAGACGAGAGUUCGCUAGCAACGAGCAAUAUGAGCUGGUUCAACGCUUCUCAUCUGUCCAGUUUUGCCAAACAAGCUCUGACGAGCGCGCAGAAGUCGAUCGACCGUGUUUUAGACAUAAAAGAAGAGGAUCAGUGGGGUGAUGCUACGAUUCCUACUUUAGACGACAUGCCGAGCAAGCCAGUAUCUACAGGAUGGGGUAUGCACCAGUGGGAUGCACCCUCAGAAGAAGGCCUGAAGACUCUGCCCCCUUCGUCGGAGGCGAUCACCAGGCCGGUCACACGCACCGUGGUUGAUGAAUCUGAGAGCUUUUUUAAUGCCUUCCUGUCUCCAGGAGACAUUCAACCAGUCAAGAAGACUCCUGUGGUGUCUGUGGCACCAACCAAGUCCUACCACCGCCUGCAGGAGAAAGAUGAGGAAGAAGAGAAGCCUGCUGUCAUGGAUGCUGUGGAUUCCUCUAAACCUUGUCAGGCAGAUGGGGGUAGGCGUGGCAGUGCUGGGCCUGAAGAGAGCAAAAUGGUGGAGGGCGAACCGCCGGAUCCAGAGGAACUUCUGGCUUGUAUGUCCCAGGAGCCAGGGCCUCUUCCUCCUGCUAAACUGACAGCACCGGAGCGAAGUGCAGAACUUGAGAGAAGUGAGAAGACGUCAGAAUCCCAGAGUUCUGCUCUGACGCCAAAAGCCACGCAAGCAGACGCACCUUCGUCCGCAGCAGCUGAGCUUGCAGAUGCCUUUGAGAGCUCCGCCCCUGCUGUGUCCCCCGAGCCCAAGAGUCCAGGCAAAACUCUGCCAGUGCCCCCCAAAGACAUCACGCUAGAACCCAAAGACCCCAAAGCAGAGGACAGGCAGAGCGACACGCCGUCUCCCCCUGUAAGCGCCUUCUCCUCCGGCACCUCCACCACCAGUGACAUCGAGGUCCUGGACCACGAGAGCGUGAUCAGCGAGAGCUCGGCCAGCUCCCGGCAGGAGACGGCGGAGGCCAAGACGGGGCUGCACCUCAUGCAGGGCUCCUUCCAGCUGCUCUCGGCCUCCACGUGCGGCGACUUCCCGCGCCUGGACGACUACCCCAAGCUGACGGAGAGCUGCGGCUCCUCGUCGGACGCCUUCGAGCGCAUCGACUCCUUCAGCAUGCAGUCGCUGGACAGCCGCAGCGUCAGCGAGGUCAACUCGGACGACGAUGUCCCCGCCAACCGCACUCUAGCGUCCGUCACGGCGCGGCCCGCCCCCGCCCUCCAGCCGCCGCAGGCCGUGCAGGAACGGCAAGAGGUGGAGGGAGACGCGACUGACUCAGCAAAGGACCAAUCGCAGGAGGAGAACGAGAUGGAGGAGAGCGGCCGUAGUGCCACGCCGGUGAACUGCGAACAGUCAGAAGACCUGCGGGAGGGUGGGCAGGAGUCUGACUCGUGUCUCGCACUGUCCAGUUUAAGGACUGACCCUGAGGAGUCACUAACACCACCCGUCCCCAUUGACCAAAGAGGUGACUCCACCUGCCAACUCCAAGCACUCCAACAGGUUGUUGACGAGCUCACGAGCAGGCUGGAGAAGAGAGAAGCCCAGCUUUUAGCCGUCAGCAAGGACAAAGCCCACCUGGAGGAGGAGUGUGAUAACCUCAGAGAUGAGGUGAUAAGGCAGAAGGAGGAGAACACUAGUGUGCGGUCUCUCAAAGAUGAGUUCACAGAGCGCAUCGCGGAGGCAGAACGCAAGGCUCAGCUCGCCUGCAAGGAGCGGGACAUCGCCAAGAAGGAAAUCAGAAGCCUUAGAGAAGAACUGUCCACCAGGUUCAACUCUAAUGAAACUCUGGAGCUGAUCAGAGAGAAGGAGGAGCAGAUCAGAGGCCUCCUAGAAGAGGGCGAGAAGCUCUCCAAGCAGCAACUCCAGCAGUCCAACAUCAUCAAGAAGCUGAGGACCAAGGAGAAGGAGAGUGAGGUGAAGAUCUCCAAGCAGACCAAGAAGCUGCAGGAGCAAGAGGACGAGCUGAAACAACUGCAGAAGGUUCUGGAUGGGAAGGAGGAGGUGGAGAGGCAGCACAGGGAGAACAUCAGGAAGCUGAACUGUGCUGUGGAACGUCAGGAGAAGGAGCUGAGCGGAGCGCAGAGUGAGAACGAGGAGCUGCAGGAGAAGAAUCGCAGCCUGCAGGCUGCCCUGGACAGCUCUUAUAAGGAGCUUACAGAUCUGCACAAGGCCAACGCUACGAAGGCCAGUGAGGUGCAGGAGCUGGCGCUGAGCCGGGAGGUGCAGGCCAAGGAGGAGCUCAGCCUGGCAUUGGACAAAGCCCAGGAAGAGGCCCGGCUCCAGCAAGAAGUCCUGGCCAAUCAGGUGGCGGAUCUGAGGUUGGUCCUGCAGAGAGCUGAGCAGCAGCAGGCCAGGAAGGAGGACUACCUGCGUGAGGAGAUCAGCCACCUUCAGCAGCGGUUACAGGAGGCUGAGACCAGAAACCAGGAGCUGAGUCAGAGCGUUACCACGGCAACGAGGCCCCUCCUCCGGCAGAUAGAGAACCUGCAAGCGACUCUGGGAACCCAGGCGGCAUCCUGGGAAAAACUGGAGAAGAACAUUUCAGACCGUUUAGCCGAGGCCCAAGCUCAACUGGCCGUCGCCGUGGAGAAGGAGCGCUCGGCAACCGAGGAGCUGUAUACCAUCAAGGCUCAACUGGCAUCCCUGGAAUCCCAGAAUUCCUUGCUGCGACAGGAGAAGGGGCGGGUGCAUGGCCAGCUGGACGCAGAGCGAGCACGACGAGAGGGACUGGAAGACGAGAGUAGCAGGGAACAUGUUGAACUGGAAAAUCUAAAAGGGGAGUAUGCACGAGCCCUGGAAGAUGCCCGGAAGGAGAAGCUGCUACUCACAAACCAGCUUGAGAUGGAGAAAAUGAGGGUGGAGCAAGAGAAGAAGAAGUGUUACCUCGCCCAAGAGGCCCUGAAGGAAAGGGUUUGUAAUGAUGAUGAACGGAAGUUUGUGUGUGUGAGUGAAGCCCCUGCAUCCUCUACUCCGUCCCUCUCUCGCUCCAGUUCCAUCAGCGGGGUGGAGGUUGGCGGCCUGCACACCUCUCUGCUCUCUCAGGACGACGCCCUGGACCACACAUUGGGCGCCAUGGCCGGCACGCUGGCCGCGGGCAGCCUGUAUGAGGCGACGCGGCUCGGGGGCGGAUCCAGCGUCAUGGAGAACCUGCAGGCGCAGCUGAAACUCCGCGAGGGUGAGCUGGCCCAGCUCCAGCUGGAGAUCUCUGCUCUGGAAAGGAGCCGUUCAGUGAUGGCGGAGGAGCUGGUCCGAUUGACCAAUCAGAACGAGGACAUGGAGGCCAAGGUGAAGGAGAUUCCCCGACUGCGCGUGCAGCUCAAGGAGCUGGAGCAGAGGCACAACACCAUCCUGCAGAUGUACGGGGAGAAGGCAGAAGAAGCUGAAGAGCUCCGGCUGGACCUGGAGGACGUGAAGAACAUGUACAAGACUCAGAUCGACGAGCUGCUUAAGAACCAGAAAUAGACUCCUGCGCACACUAAUCAUGCUCUCAUGCACAUGGCCAAGCUGUUGCGUUGACGGAUGAAACACACAAGUGCAGUUACUGUAGAAAGAAAGAUCUUCAUUGGCCAAAAGCCAACGCUGUGUGUGUAGACUGCAUUUUCUUAUCAGGUGUAUUUAACAAAUUAUUUUUAUUUUAAGUUGGGGAAAGUGACAUUUUAAAUGUGAUUUUCAACAAUACUUAAUAGAUUUAAAAACAAGGACGCGCAUUUGUGUAGUGUGGGCCUAGGCGUGGUGAGUUCCACAUAAAUCUGCACAUUUAAGAAAGGUUUCUCUCAUCAUUCUCAGUGUCCAGUACUUAAAAGUAACUGUGUUUUAACGUUUUUGGACGACAUUGUUUCUAUUGAGCCAGUACUCGUUGAGCAAGCAGUGAAGAAAAUAAUGCUGACCGUUUUCGAGUAACCAGUGUCAGUGGAUGCCCGCCCGUUGUACUGUAAUAUGUUUAACACGUUCACUUGAAGUUGGUCGAAGAUUUUCCAACACGGUGAUUAAUUGUAGGGAAGUGCAUUUCCCGACAGGGAUCAAGUCUGAUAUGUAGGUGUUGUGGGAAAGCAGCUGGAGCUGUUGAGGGGCCUGUGCAACACUACAUUAGAUGUGAUUUAUGCAUUAGCGGCCUCCAAUGGUAAACCAUCUCCUUUAACUGCUCAGACUCACACGUGGCCAUGCAUAAUGUGGGUGUGUGUGUAAACAGUCAAAAACUGUCAUGUCACGAAUAGCUUUACAGUUUAUCGACAGUUCCUGUGUAAAAUCUGUAAAUAAACUGAGAAAUAUAGACUA